CGCAAAGCUCUCCUCAUCAAGCUAUUUAUUCUUCCAGAAACACAAGCUAGCUAGCUUCUUAGAGAUCAAGAACAUAUACACUCUUUCUCUGGUAAGAGCUCCACGUACGACAACAAUCGCUAUAUUGUAGAGGAUCAUCUGAGGUGUUGGUGGUGAUCAUAUGGACUCCAUGGAAUCAUGCGUGCCCCCUGGCUUCAGGUUCCACCCCACCGACGAGGAGCUCGUAGGCUACUACCUCAGGAAGAAGGUGGCCUCCCAGAAGAUCAACCUCGACGUCAUACGAGACAUCGAUCUCUACCGCAUCGAGCCAUGGGAUCUCCAAGAGCAUUGCGGGAUCGGGUACGAGGAGCAGAACGAAUGGUACUUCUUUAGCUAUAAGGACCGUAAGUAUCCGACGGGGACACGAACGAACAGGGCAACCAUGGCUGGGUUCUGGAAGGCGACGGGGAGAGACAAGGCGGUGCACGACAAGAGCCGUCUCAUCGGCAUGAGGAAGACGCUCGUCUUCUACAAGGGCAGGGCACCCAACGGGCAGAAGACCGACUGGAUCAUGCACGAGUACCGGCUCGAGAUCGACGAGAAUGCUCCGCCGCAGGAAGAAGGCUGGGUGGUGUGCCGGGCGUUCAAGAAGAGAACAGCAUACCCUGCUCGGAGCAUGGCGUUGGCAUGGGACUCCAGCUACGCCUACCGCGAGCCCAACGUCAUGGCAGAUGCGGCGGCGUUCGUGAAUACCAACGCGGCGUACGCGCAGAUAAGGAGGCAGUCGAAGAGCGCGCGCUUCAAGCAGGAGGCCGAGCUGGACGGCGCCGCGGCGUCGUUCCUGCAGUAUUCCAGCCACUUGGUCGAGCUCCCGCAGCUCGAGAGCCCGUCGGCAGCGCUCGCGCCGAAUGCGAGCCAAGCGUCAGCCGAAGAGGAGGAGGACGCCUCCGGUGGCAGGCGGGGCAAGAAGGAGCGGGCCGACGAGGUGGCCGCCGACUGGAGGGCGCUCGACAAGUUCGUCGCGUCGCAGCUUAGCCCCUCAGAGUGCAGCGGCUUGGAUGCGACGGCGUCGGUGGCCACCGCUGGUGUGGACUUGCAGCUGGACCACGGUGAGGAUGACAUGGCGGCAUUGCUGUUCCUCAACGGCGACGGGAGGGAGGAGGUGGACAGGUGGACAGGGUUGCUUGGCCCGGCCGGCGGGGACGGCGAGCUCGGAAUCUGUGUGUUUGAGAAAUGAGUGGCGGCCGGCGCGCCGUGCACAUGCACGGUGUGGCGCGUGCGUACGCAUGCAUGGCAUGGUGCAUGUGAUAUAUUAUAUGAUUAUAGCUGAAAGUUCGUUCUCUGUUUUUUUCUCCUAUACUUCCCUUUGUAUGCUUCUCAACAAAUGUGAU